UUGAAAGUGAAAGUGCACAUGUUUGUUGGUAUUGCUGCUAAGAAUUGUAGGAGGUUUAUAAUGUCUGAAGUGAAAAAACAGAAGAAAAAGGAAGAAAUUGUUCUCUGUACAGGGAAUAAAAACAAAUUAAAAGAAUUUAUGCAAAUACUUGGAGAUGAUUUUCCAUACAAGAUAACCAAUGCAGAUAUUGAUUUGCCAGAAUUUCAAGGAGAGCCAGAGGACGUUGCUAGGGAGAAAUGUAAGCUGGCUGCAGAACAGCUGAAGUGCCCUGUGGUUACGGAGGAUACCAGUCUGUGUUUCAAUGCUUUGGGUGGUCUCCCAGGUCCAUAUAUUAAGUGGUUCCUCAAGAAACUGAAACCAGAAGGUCUACACAAAAUGUUACAUGGCUUUGAGGAUAAAUCAGCCACAGCCAUGUGUAUUUUAGCCUACAGCUCAGGUGAAAAAGACUCUGAGGUGAAAUUAUUUUGUGGAAAAACACCAGGAGAAAUUGUGAAACCCAGAGGAUCAAAUGAUUUUGGAUGGGAUCCGUGCUUCCAGCCUGAGGGGUUCACACAAACUUAUGCCGAGAUGCCUGGAGAAACAAAGAACACCAUUUCUCACAGAUUUAAAGCAGUUGAACUCUUUAAAAAAAAUUUUCAAGAUGGAAGCUAAUA